GAUAGGCGCAAGGUGAACAAGCCAGUAUGGCGGAGGAGGAAAGUGAUUUGGAAACAGACAGACUAGAAUUGAAACUGGAGACUUUGUACAUAUACUCUAACGACAACUGUUCAGUACAAAGCAAAGAAUAUUGCUCCGAGUUUUGUAAGCUGGUGGAGGAGCAUACAGAGAGAUGGCAGGUGCCGCUGCCCCAGCUGAAGGUGCUGCGGACAGCUCUUACCUGCUUCACCAGAGCCACUGCUGCCUACCCCGAUGACUGUCAGCAUGUCAGUUACGCUCUCAGCAGUCUGGCCUUGAGCUUCUUUGAGCUGAUGCUGUUCUUCGGUAAAGAGGAGUGCCAGGAGGCCCCCUUGAAGGACAUACUAGCCUCUUUUCAGGCCUGCCACCGCCGCCUGCUGAGACACAGGAACGUCUACCUGCUACAAGUGAGGCAGGUGAUCAAAGAUGGCGGCCCCUGGGAGAGACCCACUCUGCAGGCCAUCCUGAAAGACACAGUCCUCACACAGACAGAAGUGGAGAAGUAUCUGAGCUCGGAGAAGCCAGUGUUCUUUGAGCUGCGUGUGCGAUACCUGCAGGCCUGUGAGCGCGUGCAGGAGGCCAUGGCCCUGGCUAAGAGUUGUCUGGAGCACCCAGAGGUGGGGAGGCACCUGUUCUUCCACCAGGCCUACCUCACCUGCCUGUACAAGGCCUCACUGCAUGAACACCUGCUCAAGGAGGUGGCUGAGAUAGAUGGCAGAGACGCAGUAGAGAUAAUCUGUAACGCAGAGAGCCAGGAGAAAGAAGAGCUGCUGCUCUCUCUUUGCAAAGCCUUCCUCAGUCAACAGCUCAACAACGGAGACAUGUACUACAUCUGGGAUCUGGUGUUCCUGUGGAGCAGACUGCACCUCAGGGCCCAUCCCACUAAGCAGGGCUUCCUGUCUGAGUGUCACCAGCUGAUGCUCUCCGCCAUCAACGCCAGAGCCAUCUUCCCCUUCAUCAAAGUCAUCACAGCAGAGAUGGGUAGUGAGGGAGUGCCGCUAUGUGUGGAGCUGUGUACUGCAGCAUUGCAGACAGACCUCCAGUCUGACCCUGUGACUCGCAGCCUGUUGUGUAAGACCAUCGCCUUCCUGCUCCCCCGCGACCUGGAGGUGUGCCGCCUCUGUGCCCUGCUGGUGUUCUGUCUGGAGCGCAGUGUGGAGGCCUACAAGACCGUGUAUCUGCUCUACACACAUCCAGACGAGGAGCCACACCCCCUCCACACUCCUGUCAAAACCAACAUACGCUUCUAUAUCUUACAGGUGCUGAAGGAAGGGCUGUUCUUCGACCCAGAGUUCUGGAACCUCCUGACCCUGAGAACCCACUGUUUGGAGCUUAUGACUGACAAAGCCAUGAGGGAGGCUCUCAAUGAGGUGAAGGAGGAAGAGGAUUUGGAGCAGGUAGAGGAGGAGUGGAUACCAAGUUACUGGAUGGAGGAGGAGACAUGCAGGAUACACACAGACACCUCCCACCUCCAACCACACACUAACACAGCACUGGAGAACUCUGAGACUGCAGGGCAGGAGCAUGAGGAGGGAGAGUAUGGGGAUCCUCCUGAGUCACAGACAGAUGACUUCCUAGUGAGGAGGAAGAGAAGGUGUAGGUCUGAUGUUGACUAUGCUGAUGACCCAGACAUUAAGUACUCCCUCAGACACAAUCCCAGUUCUGGAAGCUCCACCAAGCUACCGGCCAAUCGGCAGAGGGAAUACCUGGCCAGACACGUGAAGAACAAGAUCAUGAAGAGACGCGGCAGGAAACCAAGAUGGCUGCUCCUGGAGAUGACCAGACAGACAGAGAAUGUGUCCCCGGGGAGAAAAAGGGCGAGAGGGAAGGGAAGGGAGGGUAAAAGAGAGAAAUGGGAAAGAGGAGAAUGUAAGAGUGAGAGAUGGGAGAGGGGAAAGGGGAGAAGAAAGCGAGGCGAAGGGGAUGAGGGUAAAAAAGCGAGGAGGCAGGGAAGGGAAGGUAAGAGACCUUACCCCAGGACUAUACGUGGCAUGGAGCUGUCCUUCCCUGAAAAUGAAGUGCCUGUGGAUCAGGAGGUGGUACAGAAUUGUGUAGAACCCAGUAAUAGUGUUGCACUGCAGCACAGUGACGCAGAGAACUAUGUCAACAUGGGACUGCCUAAUGGCCUACAUGGUGAGAGACCGUUUGAGUAUGAACCAGAGACAGAAAUAGAGCUUUCAGAAGUAGAGCCUUCAGACAUAAAUCCUUUAGACUUAAAACCUUCAGUAGUAGAGCUUUCUGUUGUAGAGCCUUCUGUUGCUGAGCCUUCAGAAGUGAAGGUUUUCGAAGGUCCCAGUGAGCAGACCGACCCAGAGCUGGACGGCCCAGCUUUGGACAUGGAGGAGUGUCCACUAACACUGUUCCACAUCUAUGCCAAAUCCUCUAAAGGGACAGAUGCUAAGGAAUUACAACCUUUGACGGAAGGUAGUGAUGUCACAGCGUUGGAGGCGGGACCGGACUCAAACACUCAGGGUGAAGACACAAAGCCAGGCAAGGCUCCUGUCCGCUCCAAACACCUGCGCUUCCACUGCAACCACUGCCAAAAGCUCUUCAAGGGAGGCAACGUGGUGAGACACACCCUGGCCCACCUGAAGCUGAGGAAGACCAGGCUCAGCUGCGUCUUCUGUGGCAAACACUUCCAACGGUACAACCGUGCCAAGGAACACGUUCUAGAGCACGUAGAGGAACUGAGAACCACCACGCUCAAUAGUAAGAUCAAACCUGCUGUCAAUGGAGAUGCAAAACUGUCGGAGAACGUUAAUCAAGCUUCGGAGAACGAGACUAAGCCCACUGAGAAUGUGACAGAGCCCCCUGCUCCGAUGGAUCAGCCUCCCAAACCCAAACGUGUUAAAGCCAAGCCAGUGGUCAGCAAGCAGAGUAGAAUCAUUCAGAACCUGAGAAACCUGAUCAGAAAGACCCAGAAGUGGAAAACGAACACGGACAACCAGGUGUCAGUGGAAGUGAAGGAUGAACAGGUGACUGUGAAGGAUAAGGUGGUGAUUGUGAAAGAGGUGGUGCCUGGGGAGGAGACUGAGGGAGGAGAGAAGAAUGAGUGUGAAGGAGAAGAGGAGGGGAAGCAGAAGCAGUACCACCUGUGUCCUGCGGAGGGCUGUGACAGCAUCUUUAUGAAGAUAGGCCCAUCGCUGCUGAGACACGCAGUCAACUACCACAUGGAGGACGCAGCUGUCCUGGAGAAGACCUUCCAGUGGGGGAAGGGGAAGUGCCAGAUCUGCCAGAGGCACCUGCUGGUGUUCGAGCACUACAGAGACCACAUGAAGCUCCAUGAUGCUCCUCUGAAACAGGCGUGCCUCCACAUGAGCUGUGGCCAGUGCUUCAAGACCUCCCAGGAGCUCAAAGACCACAUGGACACCCACCGGCCACUCCGCGCCCCCUGUGGGUACUCCGGCUGUAGGGAAAUCUUCUUUACCCUCCCCUCUCUCCACGGCCACGAGUGGAGACACUACACCCAGCCCCAGUCUAAAGAUGAGCUGGAGCAGGGCGCUACCAAAGAGCUGAGCCCUAAGGGCGAGGCCUCCUGGAAACAGAGGGUGAAGAGCCAUAAUGUGACAGUGCACGGGUGGAAGGAAACGCCUAUUCCCAAAUCCAGGCGCUCUGAUCCUCACAUGAAGUGCAUUUACUGUAACAGGUACCUGUGGAACUACCAGCACUUCCUAGACCACAUGAAGAUCCAUGAUGAUCCUCUAAAACAGGUGUGUCUCCAUCAGAACUGUGGCCAACGCUUUUCCAGAACCCACCUGCUCUGGGAGCACAUGGAGACCCACCGGCCUCUCCAGGCCCUCUGUGGGUACUCCGGCUGUAGGCUGAUCUUCUCACGCCUCCCCUCUCUCCAUGACCACGAGUGGAGGCACUACACUCAGGGCCAGCCUAAAGAUGAGCCGACAGAGGAGCAGAGCGCUACCAAAGAGGGGCAGACUCUGGAAUCAAACCUCAACAGUAAAAACAAUGACGGCCCUGUGGCGACUCCAGGCACUGGUGCUGUCACCAGACCUCCCAGUGACUGCACACACAAACUAAUCAACGGCCAUGAUGGAGAGGACCAGAAAGACCAAGCACCUGAGACAUAUGUCCCUGCCACCAAUACCACCUUCCCCACACAACCCCAUCCCAGUCUCGUCCAAAACCUCACUGAGUCAACGACCAUGAGGGAUGUGGACAAUAUCGUCACUUUGGCUCAGGUGAUGCCUUGCGGAGGGGAACCAGUUAUUGCGGAACAUAAGACCUUCAAACCAGAGGAUCCUUCCUACUUACCCCUGGCCAAAGCCCCCCUCAUCCGCCCGCCCCCCUCUACAUACCUGACCGAGGCAGCCCUCAGCAUGCGCAAGCGCAGGAAACCCAACGAGGUCACUUCCUGUGGGGCUGGCAAGAAGAAUAAGGCUACAGUAAAGAGGCACGUGGUGGGGAGGAAGAAUGCGUUGCAGGAGGUGGUGGCUGAGAAGGAGGUAGAGGAUGAUGGCCCCCCUCAAAGACAGCGCUGCUCCAAGUGUUUCUCCUCUUUCCCUAGUCCAGAGGAACUGAAGAGACACCUCUCCCAAAACACCUGCUCCUCCCUCUUCAACUUUGACUCUGAUGAUGACAGUUAGUGGUAAAGAGGAAUGGGAGUGAAAUGAUGUUCAGAAAAAUGUUUUGUUGGUGUUCGAGCACUACAGAGACCACACGACACUCCAGGAUGCUCCUCUCAGAAAACAGGUGGAGACUUGUCUAUCUGUACUCUCUGAACUGGGCCUAACACAGGCACUGUUAGCACCCAGUCGGCUCUGAGAGCUGUAGGGCCAGUGUCAUGGCACACUAUAAUACUGGUCACUAAAAAUACAACACAACUCUGGAGUAAGUGUUAUUACCACAAUACACUGUACAUAGGUCUAGACCGAACAGUAUUGCAUUUCAGUCAUUGACACGACUUUGUUUCAACAAGUCUUAUUUGCUUUAAAAUCAUAGUAUGACGAAUCACUCUAGGUUACUAAUAGUGUUUCAAAAGUACUUCUAAUUAUGUUCUGUUUGGCAUACAUUUUUGUUCAGUGUUUUAAGACUUUUUCUAAUGACAAAAGAGAUGGUUUCACAAUGUAUUAGAAAUUGGUAAUCUAUGCAUUUGAUGAGAAAUAUUUUGUAAAAGAGCAUCAAAAUGAAUUUGAGAAUAAAAAUCACUGAAGAACCCAUAAUGUGAUAAACGAUGUGCACUUACCUGCAUUCGUCGUUUAUUUAUAUGUACGAAUGUUGAUAUAUUUAUUAGGUUUGUACUUAAUGUAAAUAUCCUUCUCAAUUCAACUCUAUUUUUCUUAAAGAAAAAUGUAUGACUUGUUUUCAAUAAACAAUUUACAGUAUGAACCAAA